AUGAGUGCCUCACGGUGUUCGUAUGAACAGGAUCUGCCGAGCAAUCUUCUUGAGCUCAUUGAUCACACAACACGAGGGGUGCAGCGUCUGUACGAGACGACGCGGCGCAGGGAGGGCUUAGGUGGCUCGCGUGAGCGGCGGAGACCGCCAGUAGACGGACUUGCAGACGCACGCUACAUGACUUACGCAGAGACGUUUGAAGACGCGGAGCACGCGGGCGCCACUGCUGCCGCCAUUCCCGCCAUUGAAACAGCGAGGGCGGCAGCAACGGCAUCAUCAUCGGCGGCGUUGCGGCAGACGGCAGCGGUGCACGAGCGGGGGUCGCUGCAUCACGGCAAUCAGCGCCACCGUCGCCCAGACUGCAGUCAAGAUAGGAGUGCGACUAGCAACGAGACAAACGGCAGACGGCAGUGGCCGUGGAGUCGUGUGCAGACGCUACAGACAAGUGCGGUUGCGGAGGGGCGCUCUGGCGCCUCCACGAUGAACACGACGUUAUCGUCCGACGCCUCGCAUCGACUGCUUUCCGCUCACCGACCACAUCAGCAGCAGCAAGUUGCAACAGGCGACCACCAUCCCUCGAUGGCAAGCACCGUGAACACGUCUACCUCCGCGGCGGCCGACAACAGCUACGCCCAGGUUGGCGGACAAAGUUGGAAAGACACCUUUAAGUCGCUUCUCUCCACUGCAGUGGCACCUGCGGCCACUGCCUCCCCUGCCGUGUCAGCUGCUCAGAUAUCUGCCAACAAACGAGCGCCGGUGCCAAAUGUCCCCCGUGAGCCCUUCCUGUCGGCGGAGUCCACGGAAACUAGGCGACAGCAGGAGGAGACCCCGACGUCUGCACCGGCACAAAGUGGCCCGGCGCUGGAGCGCUUGCGGUGCCAGUUGGAGGAACAGGAAAAGUCUCACCGUGAGCAGCUGUCGCAUCUCCGCAUGGAGCACAGUCGUGAGCUUUCCCAGCUCCGUCACGACGCCUUUCAGGCACGACAGAAGGCGGAAGAGGAAGUGGCGGCGCAGCUUCAGGCAUCCUUCACAGUGAAGCAGAAGUUGCUUCAGGCCGCCGUGGAGAACGAGCGGAUUCAGGCGGAGGAGGCGCGAAAGACAAUAGGAGAAAAAGAUGGAAUCAUUGAACGACUGCAGGCGGAAGUUGAGGCUGCUGCCUCCCGCACCCAAUCGACGCAGGGCGAAGUGGAUGCAAAGAAGAAGCAGGUGGCACAGCUGCGUGAGUCCUUGACAAGCACCCGCAAGCAGCUGGCGGAGCUGGAAGAGGAGGUGGUGAAGCGCAAAGAAGACCUGGUAGAGAGUAAGCGGCGGGAGAAACUGAUGGCGGGCCGUGAGCAAGAUGCGUUGGGUGUGGUGAGCCGGCUAGAAUUACAGCUGCGCGAACAGGACCAGCGAUCACGGGAGGAGCUUCGCCGGCUGGAGGCGGAGUUUCACUCAACUACGAAGAGCUACCAGGACCUGCUUGGUGAGGCAACUGAGAAGCUAACGGCGCUGGAGAAGGUGCAGCGAAAAUACAACACACUGAAGGAGCAGCGUCGACAGCAGAAACAGCAGCAAGAGGAGUUGACGUCCAAGGUGACUGCAGCGCAGGAGGAGAAGCGGGAGGCCGUCGAGCGUGCAGAAACCCUCCAGCAGGAGUUGGAGCACCUCCGCCUUCAGAUUGCGCGGAAGGAACACGAAAUGCGUGAGGAACGUGCGGGGCAUCAUAGAAUUGUCGAGGGCAUCACACAGCAACUUCAAGAGGAGGAAACGAAGGCCAUGCGUGAGACGGAGGCGCUGCAAAAGGCUUUGCAUCAUGCGGAGGACCGUUUUGCGCGCCUGGAACGUGAGGUGGAGGGUCUGCGCGCUCAACUGAAGGAGGAACAGGAGCAUAGUAAGCAGCAGCUGUUACAACUGGAGCAGAGCGCCCUGCGGCACCAGGAGGAUCUUGCCACUACACGGCGUGCAGCAUCUGCACAUCAGCAGCAGACGGAAAGUGUGCUCGCCAGCUUGAAAAGACAGCUGCGGGAAAAGGAUGUGAAGCUGGAGGCGCUUGCAACCACGGCCUCGGAGCCGGUUCAGCGACUGCGAAGUCAGCUUGAGGACGAGCGCAGCAAGCGGGCUCACCUCGAGGAGCAGUUCAACCGCUACAAACAAAGGGCGAAGGUGGCUAAAGAAGCCGCGCUACGCGAGGUGCGACGAGAGCAGCAGCGCAUGUCAUCCGUCCCGCGUUCGCAGAGCCGGCCAUCGGUGACGCUGCCCGAAGCAUUGCCUCCGUCGUGCGGAGGCAAAGUGUCGCAUGGGGAUGAGCCCAUGCCGUUACAGGAAUCUGACACAAUAACCCCGAAAUAUCAACGUGUGCCAAAACCUGUUGCUCCGCUCCCCCCACACUCAGUUAAUCGCUCAAGGGAUAGGAGUACCGUCAGCCCCCCGCGGUCACGGGUCUCCCCGGCAGGAUGGGACUCCGUAGAAUCCAUCUCUAACAUCUCUCGAAGCUCGCCCCUGUGUAGCAGCCACAGUGGAGUUAUAGAGACUGUGCCAUCCCCAGUUAGAGGCAUUGAAAAACGCCACGAUGUUACGCAGCAAACGGCACUCAUCUCCUCUCAGUCGCCCCAGCUUGAUAAUGUGGAUGAUAAAAUCGUGCAGCACGAGCAGGUUCUUCGUGAGUUUCAUCAAUCCGCGGCGGAGGUGUUCCGUAAAAUCACAGGAAAUCGAGACGAAUUUCUGGCAAAAUGCACCUCUGUGGUGCGUUCUGUAUCGUACUGUGGUGGGGAUGAGGGGUGUUCCGCUGCCAGUACAACCCUAAAUGGGUUGAUGCAUCGAUGA